GAACGCGCGCGGCAUGACCACGCACACACGGCUCGGAUGUCAUCCGCAGUAAAAAAUAGCACCCAGGAGCUGGUUGCCACGCGACCCUUCCUGAAUGGACCGACUAAAAGUAAGUACGAACGUACACGCCUCCUUUACUUCCUCUCAUCUCGUGCUGAGAUUGUAGAAGCCUCGUCAACGUGCGCUCACCCUGAGUCUAAUUGGUAAGGCAGUGCGUGUGCCCAACCACGCAUCCUUCUCUCCCGGAACAUCGUGUUCUUUGUGCGGGCACAAUGACGGCCAAGCAUCGGAAGGGGAAAAGCAACCACAAACACGAAGAGGACCACGUCAAAAGUGAAAUUCCCGAAUCCGAAGUUCAAACAGGAGGGAAUAGCUACACGCUUGUGUUGUUUGCAUGUCUCGUCGUUGUCAUCGGCGGUGCAACGGGAGCAUGGUUCUGCUACCAGCAGCACCAAACUUUGACCCACUUGACAGACACCGUAACGGGAAUGCAGAUGAAAGUGGUGAAGCUCCAGGCGUCACAGGAGACCAUGCGACAGACAAGUGAUAAGGUACAUGUUUCAGAUGAUGUAGAAAGUCGUGUCAAUGCUCUGGAAGAGUCGUACAUGUUGGCCCAGAAGCAGGUGGAUGAGGCCUUAGCUACCGCAGAGCACUUCAAAACGUCGGAUCUCCCCGCUCAGGUGCUAUCACUCCACACGGAGAUGAAAUCCCGUCUAGCAGAGAUUCAGCGGACCACUGUGUCUGUGGAGCAGCUGAGCCAGCUUCAGGGGAAGAAUGAGAAGUUUGAGGAGGUCGGACUUCAGGUCGAGGGCCUCGUUACGUUGAGCACCGACUUAUCUAAGCAAGUCCAAGCCAUGAUGGGGCGCCUAGAAGAAGCAGAAGCCAUGCUGAAUGAUGUUGCUACUCUGAGGGAUAAACUGAAGCAGCAGACUGCGCAACUGAUGGGCCUGGAGGUGCAGCUGAAGUCGUACCAGACUGAGAUGGCGACCAUCAGAGAAUUGCUGCCGAAUGAGCGCUCCAAGCAGCUCACACAGGACGACAUGGAGGAACAGAUCAGUGCACUUCGAAUGAAAGUUCGGCAACAGAACUCAGCCAGCAGCCGCCUGCACGCAGAACUCAGGGCUCAGCUGGACAACUUACAGUGGCAGGUUACACAGAUGAUAGGAGGUGCUGAAACUGUACUAGAGCCCAUGAAUGAAGCUGAGGGAGAACCAUCUCCUUUUGUCGAGGAAGAAGGUCAAGCUACAGAGGAGGAAGCAAACCUUGUAGCAGCAGAUUCUGACUCAGAUGAGCCGGCGCAAGAAGCUUCAGAUGACGAGACUUACACUGAACAGAUGGAAGAACCGCUUCCCUCUCCAGAAACUGCAGAAACCGAUCCAACGCACACAGAAAGGGAGGAGGCAAAUUUGGAGGAGAUUCUGAGUGAUGAAGAGGAGUUCCUCGAUGAGUUACUGCUUGAUGAGGGUGAUGCCAAACCGGAGGCUGACGCUCACGAUGACAAUGUUGAGAGCCGAGGAGAUGCUGAACAAGUUGAAUCAGAAGAAGAGGAGAUCGACGAUGAAGUGGAACUGUAGGAUGAAUGCAUCAGAAGGCAAUGUUUGUGAGGCAAAAGGAAGAACGUCUUCCAUCAGCAGUGAAAGUAUGGCAAAUAUACAGGCAUCAGUGCUUGCUUUGUGUGCGGCAUGCAUCAGGUGACACGGGUGCUCUUUGAAAGACCGCUUGUUGAUAAUUCAGCCACUGUACUGAUGUCAAUUACAAGAUUUCAGAUUUAUCACUCAAUAACCUCACAACCUCCAAAGCUUUUUUUUCCUCCAAACUCUUUCCGUCGUAGUGUAGAUUAUGUUUCACUUCUUCCAAAUUCUGGGUUGGGCACUUCAUGACAAAAUAAAUGAAAAACUGUAAAUAAGUGUUCACUGUAAGCCACCGUGACAUGGUUUCCUUGUUCCCAUGUCUGCUUUGUGAGUGUGUGAGGAGAACAAAAAUAUGAAGGAAGAAUAUUCAGAUGUAGAGCUUGGAAAAAAAACAAUAGGAAUGGCUGUGACAUAAUUGGCUUUGAUCAUUAAUUGUUAUUGUUGACAGGAUUUUGACACUAUUUGCAACGCAACCGCCACCAAUUUAAGUGAGUGUUUGUUCCAAGUUCAUUCAAAUUUGAACAAAAUUGUUUUUGGUCACACCAAACAAACAAAAAAAAGAAUAUUUUUGUGCAUUAAGAUACAAAUUAAGAUGCCAGUUUCCAGAAGAUUGGGCUUCUCAGAUACGAUAUUCUCUGUGUGUUGCUUGCAUACUGUAAGUGUGCAUAACUAAUGUACAUACGUAAUUUACAGAAAAUUGAUCUGCAGACCAGCUGAAAGAGACACAGCAGUUAGUUAUGGUUGUAUUCAGCUACUGUCAUCUAGAUCUUCUGUGAUUAAGAAAUUUGCAAACAAUCUGCAAUGAUUGUAGUUGAGCUCAUCUGGUCCGCUGAGGAAAUGAAUAAAUAUCGGAACCAAAACUGAUUGAUGCGAGGUUCAGCUCGAGACAGAUUUGGCAUAAACAACCUAAAAAAAUACUUGCUCACGGAAUGUAUGUACCUGAUCAUAGCACCGACUCGUCACAUUACAUGACAAUCUGGGCGACUGGAUGCGAACCAUAAAAAAAAAAAAAAAAGACAAAAACUAUGCAAUUCAAGACAAGCUGUGAUUUUUGCUAAACAUUCUGAAACAAUAUUGUGAAUUCACGUUUCAUAGACUGGUUUACUUUACUACUGUAACAGUAUUCCUUUAAAGCACUGCUGUACAUUUUACCCAGAAUUCAACUGAACUGAGAUGAACUUCAAGUUCAAAAUGUGUUUAGAAUAAACAAAAUUGUUCAGUUU